CCGAUCUUUUUUGUCAAGGGGGCUCGUCGAUCGUCGAGAAAAAAAUUAAGUCUCCUUCUUUACUUUUCGAUUGAAAACGAUGGCGGCCUGUCGGUACAAUUACCUCAAGCAGGCGCUGAGGCGCUACAGCACCUCUUCAGGCUUGAAAGAGGUGCUGAUCGUGUCGGCUGCUCGGACGCCGAUGGGCUCCUUCAACAGCGCCUUGUCCAAGCUCCCUUCCACGCGUCUAGGCGCCGCGGCCAUUGAGGCCGCCGUGCAGCGUGGCGGCGUGCCCAAAGAGGCCGUCCAGGAGGUUUACAUGGGCAGCGUGUGCCAGGCCGGACUCGGACAGGCGCCUGCCAGGCAGGCAGCCCUCUUCGCUGGCUUGCUCAAGAGUGUCCCGUGCACCACGGUCAACAAAGUGUGUGCGUCGGGGAUGAAAGCCAUUCAGCUGGCCUCGCAAAAUCUGAUGUGUGGACAGCAGGAGGUGAUGGUUGCUGGUGGAAUGGAGUCCAUGUCCAACGUUCCCUUCUACAUGCGCCGCGGCGAGACAACCUAUGGCGGCGUCAACCUGAUUGAUGGCAUCGUCUUCGACGGCCUCACUGACGUUUACAACAAGGUUCACAUGGGCAGCUGCGCGGAAAACACCGCUGAAAAGCUGGGAAUCAGCAGGCAGCAGCAGGACGAGUUCGCCAUUAGCAGCUAUAAGAAAAGCGCUGCAGCUUACAAAAAUGGACACAUCAAGGAAGAACUUGUCCCUGUAAAAGUUCCUCAAGGAAGGGGAAAACCUGAUUUGGAGGUCACCAUAGAUGAAGAGUACACGCGAGUCAACUUUGACAAGUUCCCCAAGCUCUCGACUGUCUUCAAGAAAGAUAAUGGUACAGUCACUGCUGGAAAUGCAUCAACGCUUAACGAUGGAGCCGCCGCUGUUGUAUUGGCCACGAGGGCUGCUGUAGAGAAGCACAACUUGAAGCCCUUGGCCAGGGUGGUGGGCUUCUACGACGCGGCAACAGAACCCAUUGACUUCCCCAUCGCCCCUGCUUUUGCCAUCCCCAAUCUUCUUGCCAAUGCUGGAAUCAAAAUCGAUGAUGUUGCCCUUUGGGAGAUCAACGAGGCUUUCAGCGUGGUGGUGCUUGCCAACAUCAAGAUGCUGGGCAUUGAUCCCGCCAAGGUGAACGUGCAUGGCGGUGCUGUCAGCCUGGGCCACCCAAUUGGAAUGUCGGGCGCCCGCCUUGUGGUCCACCUGGCUCACGCGCUCAAGUCUGGAGAGUAUGGAGUCGGCGCCAUCUGCAACGGUGGUGGCGGCGCCUCUUCCAUCCUCAUCCAACGCCUCUAGACUCUUCGCGUCGACAGCAAAUCUCUAUUUUUGAUAUUUCUACCUACUAAUGGAUAUGCAAGUUAUUUUUAUGAAUUGCAAUGAAUUGUUGAUGAGUUGAAUAAUUAUGUUUUGAGAGUAAAAAUCAAACAAUGUUACACAA